AGGCUGCAGUAGUGCUGUCGUCUGGACGUUUUUUUCUACAAACCAAAAUUCAAAAUUAAGCUAGUGGUGUGGUAUAUGGUGCGUUAUGAGGGAGAUCGUUACCCUGCAGAUUGGUGGCGCCGGCAAUGCAAUCGGCGAUGCGUUCUGGCACGUCAUAUCUCAUGAGCAUGGUGUGGACUACAGCUCGGGACGUUUCGCGGGCACCAGUCCCCUGCAGCUGGAGCGCAUGAAUGUCUUCUUCAAUGCGACGGUGAGCAAGCGGUUCUACGCCCGCAGCAUCGUCAUCGACACGGAGGCCAGCACCAUCCAGCGGCUGCAUAGCAGCAGUCAGCUGUACAGGCCCGAGAACUUUGUGGCCGGGUCGGAGAGUGCGGGCAACAACUUUGCCCGCGGCUACCAUACGGAUGGGGCCGAGAUCCUGCAGCAGGUGCUGGACAACACGAGGCGGGAGGUGGAGGCCGUCGACUCCCUGCAGGGAUUUCAGCUGCUCCACUCGAUUGGCGGCGGCACCGGCUCCGGCCUGACCUCGCUGAUCAUGGAGGCCCUGGUCGAGCAGUAUCCGGACAAUCUGCUGUGCAACUACGUGACCAUACCCUCGCCGAACAUGUCUCAGGUGGUGGUUGAGCCCUACAAUGCUCUGCUCAGCACACCCGCCCUGGUGAACAAUUCGCAUUUGACUUUCUGUUUGGACAACGAGGCCCUGUUUCAGAUCUGCAAUCGGAAUCUGAAAAUCAAAAUGUCCGGCUACGAGCACAUCAAUCAUAUCGUCGCCCUGACCAUGUCCGGCAUCACGACAUGCCUCCGGUUUCCCGGCCAGCUGAACGCCGGCCUCAGGAAGAUCUACGUGAACAUGGUGCCAUUUCCGCGCCUGCAUUUCCUCAUACCCGGCUUCGCGCCGCUGGUCACCUGCACGCAGCAGCAGUUCAGCAAGGGCACCGUCGCGGAGCUGGUCCAGCAGAUCUUCUCCAGCAACAACCUGCUGUGCGCCAUCGAUCUGCGACAGGGUAAACUCCUGACCGCCGCCGGCAUAUUCCGGGGCAGGAUGUCGCCCCGUGAGGUGGACCAACUGAUGACGGGGAUGCGCAACAAGAAUCUGAACAACUUUGUCGACUGGAUACCCAACAACAUCAAGACGGCGAUCUGCGACAUACCGCCGCGCGGUCUCAAGAUGUCCGCCACAUUUAUCGGCAAUACGACGGCCAUUCAGACGCUCUUCCAGCGCCUCCUCGACGGCUCCUCGGUGAUGCUGCGCCGCAAGGCCCAUCUCCACUGGUACACGGGGGAGGGCAUGGAGGAGCAGGAGUUCAUCGAUGCCCAGCAGGAGCUGCAGGCCAUCAUCGAUGACUAUCGCAGCAGUGCGGAAAUGGAUGGCGAGGGCGGCGGUGGUGGUGGCGGCGGCACUGCCGGUGGCGGCGACGAAGACGGCAGUAUGGAUGGCUCUGGUGCUGCUGCCGGACCCCAAUGUCCCUACUGUACCUAGAUUAGACUGGUGGUUGAAUGCCUACAUACAUACAUACUUGCACUUCCAAAAAGAAAUUUCCAAAUGAAAUCAUCUUUGUCGUUUCAUCUUUGUAAAUCGGAAUACAAAUUGAAUAGAUAUUGAUAUUGUCCUAGA